AUGCAGUAUUGGCCAGCGGCUGUUAGGAAAACGCCGUACAAUGUGACGGAACAGUGGAAGUUCUUACUUAUGGCGUUUACAAUCAACUCGGCUUCGGCAGCACUACGAUUCUACGCGAUUCAAGCAGGGGUAGAUGUUCACUGGUCACUGUCGAUCAUUCACCCAUCGUGGGUCGAAAAAGCAGCGCCUCUGAGAAUACCCUUUGGAAGAAGAAGGAAAACGUUAUUCCCGUUCGCCAUACAAAUCGAGGCCAACUGGGCAGUGACAUCAUCAGCAAAAAGAAAUUCGUAUAUGGCCAUAGAUGACAUCUCUCUGAGCGUGGAGUGCUUUGAUAAAGCUGCGCAGUUGUCCCCUGCGGGCAACUGGACAUCGUUGUCUAUCGACUCAUGCAAUUCGACCGGUACUCAACGCAUUCGACAAGACCAAUGCAGGUUACGUGGCCAUAGACAUGGACCUUAUCAAUUCUUGUCCGUUGACGAUCAGCGACAAAUCUGGACAGUUCCCGAGACUCUUCUGUACAGGUUGACUGCCUGUGGUGCUGAGGGCGGUUCGUUUCCCUUUCAAGCAGUCGAGAACGGUGGCGGUUGUGUGACAGUCGACAUAAAGCUGGUGAUUGGUACCAAACUGCAGGUGUCUGUUGGACAGAAAGGAGAAUCACCUUGCGACAGGCAUGUCAAGAGCUCCAUGCAAAAGCAGGUCCUGGAGAGUUUGUGCCAUGGUCAGGACGCAGAUCAACGGCUGAACACAUCUCUGGUGUACGGAGCUGGAGGUGGUGGUGCCACUACAGUGUCUGUUAACUCUGUCUAUAUCAUCGUCGCUGGUGGUGGAGUCCCUGCUGGCGGCUUACCAGAAGAAACACCAUCCAAGGGCAAGUCCCAUCUUCACGAAAAAGCUGGAAUUUCCGUUUCCUUACCAACAUCUGCACCGUGGUUUUGUGACGGAUAUGCGAAUUUUGGUGGAGUAGCCGUUCCGUGCGAACCGGUUGCCGGAGGAGGAGGAGGGUAUUAUGGUAGGAAAAUAAGAUUCUUCAAGUGGUACACCGCACAUUAA